UUCCAAUUUUGGUGAUCAUUCUCGCAGAGCAUUUAAUUGUUGAUACUUGUCUUUUUUUCGGUCAUUUUUUUCCUUCGUUUAUAUUUAUUGUUCGAUCAACAAUUAACUAUAAAUUGUUACAGUUAUUAUUGUUUCGUGUCUUCGGAAAACAAAAAGAAUCAAUUUUUUUCUCCUCUUCACAUUUUCAUCUCUCUGUUUCUCUGUUUUUUUUUGUUCUUCUUCUAUCUUUGCCUUUCUCUUUUUUUCUCUUAACCUUCCCUUUCUCUUUCUUUCCUCUGUCUUUCUGUGUUCUAUUUAAUUUUCUAUUAGUCAAUUUUUGUGUGGAACAUUAAAACAAAAGAGAAAUACUAUUUGUGUAUCAUGGCAAAUCGUAAGGAAGAAUCAACAACACUUCGCGAUGUGGACAUAAUGAUGGCUAAUUCUAAUCAAAAUUUACGUGACAUCUUGAAGAAGAAGAUGAGAACUCUAAAAGAUGAAUUGGUGGCUGCCAAUGAGCUGAAUGAGACCACCUUGAUUAAAUACAAGGAGGAGGUUAGGAAACGUGAAGAGGCUGAAUUGGAAACGGCUUCGCUUAGUCGGAGGAUACAAUUGUUGGAACAGAGUCUGGAAAAGGCAGAGGAUCGUAUUCGUGAGGUAACACUGAAAAUGGAAGAGGCAACACAGGCCGCUGAUGAGAGUGAACGUAUACGAAAAGCCCUUGAAAACCGGACGAACAUGGAAGAUGAUAGGAUUACAUUGUUAGAAACUCAACUAUCUCAAGCUCGGAUUAUUGCUGAAGAAUCGGAUAAGAAGUACGAAGAGAUGGCUCGUCGUAUUGCAAUGUUGGAAGUUGACCUGGAACGUGCUGAAGAACGUGCAUCCCAAGGUGAACGUAGAGCUAUUGAUUUGGAAGAAGAGCUUCGUUCCAUUGGUAAUAACCUAAAAUCACUUGAAAUCAGCGAAGAAAAGGCUCAAAAAAGAGAAGAAAAAUAUGAAAAUCAGAUUGAAGUGUUGAAGAACAAAUUGAAAGAGGCUGAAUCAAGAGCUGAAUUUGCUGAACGAACUGUUGCCAAACUGCAAAAGGAAGUAGAUCUAUUGGAACAGGAUUUACUCCAAGAGCGAGAAAAAAAUCAUCACUUACAAGAAGAAGUAGAAACAACUCUAAAAGAUUUACAAUCAAUGUGACACCGUUUAUACUGAACCACCACCGCAACAACAACAAAACACCAACAGCAACUUCAUAGCACAUAUAACCAAUUCCAAUGUUUAGAGAGCACAUUUAAUUUUUUUCUCUUACCCUCUUCUAAACAUUUCUAGUUUUCAUCAUUCAAUUUCUAUCUUUCUGUUCCUCAUCUUUACCUAAUUUUCCUCCUUUCUCUUGAUCAUUUAUUUCCGCUGGAGCGGUCAUCCUCCUCUUCCUCUGUGUUCGUCUCACCCUUUCACCAGCCUUAUUGCUCUUGUCUUAUCCAUGCCUUUAACAUACUUGAUAUCUAUUAAUCAAUUUCUGGCUUAAAGCUACUCCAACAUGACGCUUAAUUAACUGAUGAUCCUUGUGGAUUGAUUAGUUGCUUGCCUUCGUCCAUAUUGCUCUCUUUCCCUCUAUUUACACUUUGCCUCUUCUUCUUCCAUAUAACUUUUUCCUCUCUUCUUUUCCUCUAACAAUUUAUUCCAAAUUAAGCUAAAAAGCCAAAAGGAUUUCCUUUUUUCCUCAAAGAGUUGUUUUCAUCAAUUAAUGCCUGAUAAUUGCAGAAUCAUUCCUGUGACAAGUGAAUUUUUUUUGUUGGCUCAAUCGAUAUGCCUACACACAAACAACAUUCAGACUAAAUCAACAACAAAAACCAAAACAUUGCCAUUGAAAGCCCAAAAUUUCAAGAAACAUCGUCAUUACCAUUCACACAAAUACCAUUACAAAACUGAAACUAAUUUUUUCCGAAUCACUUAAUGAGAUCUACGAGGAAAACCAUUUUUUGUGACAAUCCAAUUCAUUUAUCUUGUUUUUUUUUCACUUCUCUUGUGGAUUAUCAAUCUGGAAUACACCACAACAACAUCAUUCAUGGAAUAACCAAAAAAUAUGAUCAAUUGGAUAUCAAAUCAUAAAUUCAGAUCUCUACGUUAUGUAGAAGGCAAUCAAUCAUUGAAAGGAGAAAUUCACAUUCCAAGAGUUACUUUAUUCCGUCUAUCAUCAUCAUUCUAUCUUCGGCUUUACCCUCUCUCUUUCUCUCUAACGAUUACCUAAACAAUUAAGCGACCCAUCGAUUGCUAAAAUUAUUUUAUUCUAAUUGCAGUAUUUUCACGGGAUGAAAACAUUCAAUAGUCUAUAUAUACACACUCGAUGUGACAAAUUUUGAUUACAAACUUGAUGCAAUCUCUCAUAUGGAUCGUUAAUAAUAAUAACUAUCAUCGAUAAUUGAAUGGAAAGAUAAAUCUAAUCAAUUUUGAUGAUAAUUAGAUGAAAUUAAUGUUAAGUGAAAGAAUAUAAAUUGAAAUUUCCCGAGAAAAGACUAAAAUAUUAGCUUAUAAUUAACUAAUUACCAAGGAAAAGUUUUAUUUUACCGUCAAUUCGCCUGAUUAUUUGGAAAGAUUAACAAAAUUAUAUUUCGAUGGCUUAUCAAUUAUCGAUAAAUUUUUUUUUGGAUUAAAGUGAAUCUCGACUGAACCAAAACUACAAUCGUCACAAUUAAAUGAACCAACAAUUUAAAGGGUCUAAAUCCCUUGUCAUUGGUACACAAUUUUGAAUAAAAAGCGCCCGAGACCAAAUCUAAACGGACCAACAUGAUGUACGCAACAAAUGACGACCUUUUUUUCAGCCGGAAAUUUCAAUUCAGGAACAUCAGCAAAUCACUAUCAUCAUCAUGAUCACUUUCGUCUUUUUUUUUUCUCCCAACAAUUAAGUUGUCAAAACGACUUGAGAAGCAAAGUAAAUGGAAGGAGUGACAGAAUCGAAAAAAUCAAUCGAAUCAACAAUUUUCAAGAAUCAAUUUUAAUUCUCGGUCAAUUGAACAUCUCAAUAGACUCGUAACUUCCUUCCGAGUUAAUCAUUGUAAUCAAAUUAACUAUUAAAUCUCAACAUAUUGACAAGAAAAAAA